UUUGCCUGGGACCAUAACGAAGCAGUAUUGGAGCGGUACUUUGACGAGUGUUUCGCGUUUAUCGAUGAGGCGAGAAACGCCCACCGCGGAGUCUUGGUACAUUGCCAGCUGGGCGUAUCGAGGUCGGCAUCCUUGGUUAUCGCCUAUGUUAUGCGCACAAUGGCACUGGGGUUUCCGCAGGCCUACGAGUAUGUCAGACUGAGGGCGCCCUGCAUUAGCCCGAAUCUAUCGUUGAUUGCGCAGUUGACAGAGUAU